AAUUACUGCAGUAGGAAGUAAGCAAUCAUUUUUGUCAGCGCCAGUCUCCGAAACUGGUGACUUACCAAUAAACUUUCCUGAGAAUGGACCUUUCUGGGUAGGUCUGGCACAGUUAAUUGAACAUGACAAAAUGUAUGGCUGAACGACAUUUUCUUUCACAGCUGAGCUUGAAUUGCGAACAACGUGCAGUGGUUUCAGGCUGUGCCCACAAACACAAUUCUACACGAUCACAAGGAACUUUUUUUUUUCUUUUUUCUUUUUUCUUUUUUCUUUUUUCUUUUUUAGUGGUUGCUUAAACAAGUGGUUAUCCGUUAUGGCGCUGACAUUGGAAACGGCGAAAUGCUGGCAACCGAAUCAAAGCAAAAGUGCAAGAUAGCUCAGUGCGCGCGUGGUUUGUUCCUUGAAUGCAAAGGCUUGCAUUUUCAUUUCCCCUUAGUUUUGGUCCCGCCUCUUGGUGUAUCUUCUUGAGGAUUUUUUUUUAAAGGAAAGGAAAAGAACAUAUUUCUCAUACUGCAAGCCAUCUUUCGUGUCAGUUGUUCCCUUCUUUUUCCCGUCUCACUGGACUGGGUCCUCCUAACUUCUCUAUCGGUUGGUGAGUCGCUUUGCUCUCUCCGGUGUUGCCCGGCCUUCAGUGAGUCCUGCGCAGACCACGAAGUGCCCGGCCCUCCUUCCCAGCUCUCCACCAGGGCUAAACGCUUCCAGGCUGAGAAAAAUAGCCAGGAGGAAGCGCAGCGUGGAAGGAGGACCCCUCUCCGGCAGGCCAUCCGCGCCUUGCCUGGCCCCCUCUCCGCCCCCGCUCCCUUCCCGGGCUCGCGAGAGACUAUCCGUGUGACACGUCCACCUCCCGGCAGCUCGCGGGUUCUCGCCCGGAGCAGCACCGAGGAGGCGGCUGCGGCUCCCUGGGUGUGGGUCCCUGGAGGAGCCUGGAGCGCCGUCCGGAUGCGGCAGCCGAGUGGCCUCUGUGGGAGCCUCGGGAGACCCGUGCCAAGCCUGCCCUCAGUGCGUGCCACGGGCCAGUAGAGGGCUCUGGAUUUCGGUCCCUCCCCUUUCCCUCUGGGUCCCGGAGCACUCCAGCUCUCAGACCCUCCUCCUCCCAGGUACAGGCCGGCGGGAGAGGAGGACGCAUCUCUCCUCCCAGCACCCUACCAUGGGCAACACUUCCAGUGACUCCAGGCUCGAGAACUGCGAUGCUGAACAGUGGCUUCCCUCGGGUGAAAGUCCUGCCAUCAGUGCGGUGAUGUUCUCGGCCGGGGUGCUGGGAAACCUCAUCGCUCUGGCGCUGCUGGCGCACCGCUGGCGGGGGGACUCGGGGCGCAGCGCCGGCCCCGGGAGCUCCAUCUCGCUGUUCCAUGUGCUGGUGACCGAGCUGGUGUUCACCGACCUGCUCGGUACUUGCCUCAUCAGCCCUGUGGUGCUUGCUUCCUACGCACGGAACCAGACCCUGGUGGCACUGGCGCCCCAGAGACGCGUGUGCACCUACUUUGCCUUCUCCAUGACCUUCUUCAGCCUGGCUACCAUGCUCAUGCUCUUCGCCAUGGCCCUGGAGCGCUACCUAGCCAUCGGGCACCCCUAUUUCUACCAGAGCCGGAUCAAACGCCGCGGCGGCUUGGCCGUGCUGCCCAUCGUCUACACAGCCUCCCUGCUGUUUUGCUCCUUGCCGCUGCUGGGCCACAGGCAGUACGCCCAGUACUGCCCUGGGACGUGGUGCUUCAUCUGGCUCGAGCAGACUACGUACCUUAGGCUUUACGCCACCCUGUUGCUGCUCCUCAUCAUUGCGGUGCUCGUCUGCAACUUCAGUGUCAUCCUCAACCUCAUCCGCAUGCACCGCCGGGGCAAGAGGAGCCGCUGCGGACCCUCCUUGGGCGGCAGCCGCAGGAGAGGGGAAAGGGUGUCCAUGGCAGAGGAGACGGACCAUCUCAUUCUCCUGGCUAUAAUGACCAUCACCUUCGCCAUCUGCUCCUUGCCUUUGACGAUUUUUGCAUAUAUGAAUGAAACCUCCCGAAAAGAAAAGUGGUACCUCCAAGCUCUUAGAUUUUUAUCAGUUAAUUCAAUAAUCGACCCUUGGGUCUUUGCCAUCCUGAGGCCUCCUGUUCUGAGACUCAUGCGUUCAGUCCUCUGUUGUCGGGUUUCAUUAAGAGCACAAGAUGCAACACAAACUUCCCGUUCUGCUCAGUUGAAUGUCGGUAAAUAGGCUGACCCUUGAGGACAGCAAUUAAGGAGUGCUUAUUAGCCAGCCUCUGGAAGAUCAUUUUGAAAUGUUUCCUUGGCAAAAUGGGAAAAAGUUAGUUUUUAAACACACUGAAGCUACCCUGAUAAAACAGAGUGAAAAAAGCAUUUCAGCAGUGGCGUGGGCUCCAGACAUGCUGACGAGGCACUUUAUGGAAGGUGUCAGAAGGAUCUGUAAAACCUACCCUCAGUGAGCAUGUUCCAUGGCCUUUAGAAGAACAACCAACAGCACUUAAGAUCCAGUGCCUUUUGAUGUCAGCUUUCCUGUUGAAUGAGAGCAUGUGGUUUUGUAAUUUGUUUAAAACCCCUAAAAGUCACUGUGUUUUCUAUUUUAAUCUUCUAGGCUAGUACCAUUAUAAACAUGCAGUGUACAGUCAGACCAGAUAAAACGUCUUACAUAUUCUCUAGGAAGUGGGUAUGUGGAAGCAACCAAGCCUGGUGUCCCGUUACUGCUUAACAAUGAGUUUGAAAAUCACAGGUACUUUGUACUGUAACGUUUGUGUAUGUGGGAGUAGUCUCUCAUCAUGACAGUAUUACUCCUGAAAGAGUGGACUCAGCUGGUUAACAUCAGCCUUUUUACCAGUCCGCCAGAAGCUGUGUGUCAGAAUGUCAGGUUAUUUAUUUUAUAAUGUCCAUUGUGCUACUUGUAACCAAGAAGACUAGGAAUUUUCCUCUCAACAAUAAAUAGUAGGCUAUUAAGAGAGAGAAUUCCAAUUAAUACUCUUCAUUCUAUUUUCAGGGAAAGGUAUAUGCAGCUAUGAAGCCAAAUAUUAGGAUUAAAAACUGAAAAAUCUGGGCAAUUCUUCAGAUACACUAUAAUUUUUAAUCCCAACGUUGAGGCCAUGACUAACAUCCACUUUAUAAGAUGACUGUGUUGUAGCAAAAUUCAUCUACGUGUCUAUAUUUUUAUCUAGGAAACAUGGCUUGACUCAUACUAUAUAGGAAAUCAUGUAACAGUGAGUCAUGUCUUAAUAUAUUUCUAAAUCUAAAUAUUUGGGAUGGUGGAAAUUUGGCAUCAAAAUAUUUCAGUGAAUUUGCACUGUUUAAUCAUAUCUUAGUUACAGUGUAAACUGAUCUGAAAUGUUACAAACAUAAACUAUAAAAGAAAAAUUUGAAAUUGGAAUAGUAUUUGAUGAAUCCCUGGCAAAUAGCAUUUUAUAAUUAGUGUAGAUAUAAUAGUUUUUUAAACAAGAGAUAAAACUAGAAUUUUUUUUUAAUUUGGCAGGUUUUUAAAAUUAUGGUUGCAUUGUAAAUUAGAAUUUAAAAUAUUCAAUACAGUACUUGGCAUUAGAGGGGUUUUUUUCCCUUAUAGCAUGUUCUUCAAAAUAGUGGAACCACCUUAUUUUUUUGCAGUGUUAUUACAACAUAGCUGUUAUUUAAAAAAAAAAAAGGUUAGUUUUUUCCAAACCCUCAUUGAGUUGCUUACGUAAAACCAUUUCCUAUAAGUAGUUAUCAGAUUAGAUCAUCACUUGCAAGUGAUUCCAAACCAAUCUAGAAGUCAGUGUAUUUUGACACAAUCUAUGUCAAAUCAGCCCUUAUUUUAAAAAGAAUAAAUAAACGGUAUGCUUUUCUACUAAUUUAAACAAACCAGGCAAAAUUUAACUUAGCUAAAAUCUGGACGUAUAAAUAAAUCUUCCCUGUCCAUCAAGUAUUCUAAAGUUAAGAAAUUGUUCUAAAUAGGACUAACUAGGCUCAUGGGUAAUUCCUAAACAUAAAAUUCUGAAGUUUCUUUGAAUCUGGAAGAUUGAUUUCUUUUAUCAGAUGACUUCUUUUUCCUCCAGAUGAAAAUGUUAACUACAAUCAUUUACCCUACCUCACCACCCCCAAAAUUCUGGAAUAAUGCCUGAGAACUUAAAAAAAAAGCAAAGAAAAGCACAAACUGGGACAUAAUACCAAUGGUGGGGACAAAAUGAUUCAUUCUGCGGGCCCAAAAUAUAAGGAUUUAAACCGUUUAUUUAAGAACUGGUAGAUUUCCAGAGCUUUGUUUCUUAGUGUACGCCUGUUUCUUGGACUGAGUUAAGUAAUUAAAUCCUGUUCUUUCAUUUGCAUUGACACAUAGAAGGAAUUAAAAGUUCCUUCCGUAAUAGUCAUAAUCUAUACAGUAAAAGUAAUAGUCAGUCACUUACUAUUAAAGGCAAUUUCAGGUAACAGAAAAAGUUACUUAGAUUGGAUAUAUAAAUAUUUCCUUUUUAAAAAUCACAUUGCAUCAGACACACCUGUUUUAGUUUACAGAUUCAUUUUCAAGUUUAAUUUAAAAAACAGAAAUUAGCCUGGUAUAUCAGAGAACUAAAUUGUGAUGAAAGAAGACAUAGAUUUUAUUCUUUGUCCCUGACGGCCAGUGGAAUGAGAAGGGGAAAAAGCUAUAGUGAAUUUUCAAUUCAGAAUGCCAGCCCUAACUUUAGGUGUCCAGAAAUGGGAUGGGCCAGAGCUGUCUGCCCUGAGCUGAAUUGUUUCUGGAUGGUUCACUGAAGCCCCAGGUCAUCUUUCCCAAGAGAAAACUGGGAAAUUCUGAUACUAAAUUGUGGCCUUGAAUCUCCAAAGAGCCUGAUGGGGCCUGAGUUUGCUUAGAAACCAUAGAAAGCCUCCAAAAGACUUGAAUCUCAAAGUAGUCUAGACCCAUAGCAACUUAGAGCCAGACCAAAGCUGUGGAAACAGCACCAACCUCAAACCGCCACGCUGGUGGGCAGGGGGAGGGCAAGCCCCAUCCACAUCACUCCGUUCUCAGUGUGAUUCAGUUCAGCUCUAGGUGCCCCUGACUGCUCACCUCAACGCACUUUGAAAGAAGAAUUGUCCUCAUGUGAAUGCAAUGUCAGCUCUGCUUUGAACCAAGAAAAAAACAUCUUCAAUUUAGAAUUUGAUGACUUUGAAAGACAGGGGAAGACAAUUAGCUCACACUUAAGUAGCGGUUUGUUUACUUCCCUUAGCCAAACCUAAUGGUUUAAGCCAAAUAUAAUGGUUUUCUGAAUUUGAGAAAAGCCCCCACUUGAGUCAUUCACAGAUAGAGAAACAGUCUUCCCCGUGAAUGAUCAUUUAUAAAUGUGGACCUACAGUGCCUACUCCUCAUGACCAUCUUCUGCUUUUACGAGACACAACUCCAUUGGAAUUCCUCUCUGAGUGCACAUUUAAAGCAUACCUCCAAUCAUUAUACUCAUAGCUUUAGAACUGAUUUUUUUUUUAAAUUUACAAAGCAUUUGAUCACCUGAAAUACACACUGUGGAAAUAAAUGUUAUCUUCAGCAGUUCAUAAAAGCUGUCGUCUAACUCAUGCAUGGGAAAAAGGCCAUGUAUUGGGCAUUAAUUUUUAUUUCAGAAAGUUACUUGUUUUUUCUGGUGGAUUUUGUGAUUUUUACUCUAAGUAAAUUUUCUUGAAUUAUAUUUUUGUAUUUCCUAUAAAAUGUAUGUGCUAUUAAAGGUCAGUUUGGGCGGUUUAA